GGGUUGUGCGGUUGAAAAAUGCGCGUGGGGCUCUAAGUCCUGUGCAUUCGAUACUUGCCUUCUCCGUCUCACCGAAAAUCACUGCACAACGACAAGUCUUUCCAAGUCACCGCUCCUAUUUUCAGCUAUCCCAAUCCCACCCACCCACCGGGGACCGGGGCCGGCCAUCGCAUCAUCAUAAUUGUUUUAGAUAAUAAAGAUUUGAUAUUGAAAGAAGGAAUCUUUAAAAGAUGUAUGAAUUUGGGGAGGGGUUGAUAAUCGAGAGCUACAAGGUUCCAUGGCUGAUUUGGAUUCAGCUGCUUGUAAUGAUACUUAUUGUGCUUCUCCUCUUCUUUGGCUUCAGCCUUUUCACAUUGGAUCUUCCCGACAACUCCUCUCCCAACUCCUCCGCCGCUGGCCCCUCCUCUUCUGGCGGCGCCGCCGGACAGACCCAUGGCAAAGGCCCACUACCCGUCACUAGCUCUUCACGCCACACCAACCAGGGGCAAGAUCAGAAGCACAGUACUGAGGGCGGUGUAGAAACAAGUACAAGCAGAGGCAUCAGAAUCGGAGAAGAAAGGGACGGAUCUUCAGUAAAGGACGCGACCCAUUUCAGGCUUUUUGAACGUCCACAGCACCCUUGCCACUAUCUUGGACUAGCCAAGCAAGCUUUCCUUAAGUGCUUGGGCUUGGAUUCCUCUUCUGACCGUCCUGACUGUAGAAAACAUGAGAAAGAAGACUAAUGAAAGGGAUGUUAAUUCGGCAAGGCAAAAAUUGCGAAAAUGCAAAAAGCAGAGGGAGGGUCCUCUAUAGCAGAAGGAAGUAGUGGGCGAGUGAAAUAUUUUUGGCCAUAGAUGAAGUAUGUAUAAUGCUGUGAUACAAGAUUGGCAACAGAUAUUCGGUUUAUGCUUAAUUUAACCCAUGACAACCUUGAAGAUGAAUGAAUGCUAACCCUUUAUGUACCAUGAAUCUGAACACUGUUUAGUUAUAACUGUAAGUUUACAUUACUUAGCAGCCAUUGUAUUAUUAUUAUUAUUAUUAUCAUUAUUAUAUAGAUAGUAUGUUGUGUCUAACUACUUGGCCGAUUAUUAGCCAGUUCAAAUUGCAUUAUUAUAUGGUUUCACUAA